UGUUAAAUUCACGCAUAUUAAAUGAGAGGAAUAAUCCUGGUUUGAAUGCCAUAUACAGCCAGCCAAACAGGACAACUUGACAAUUUUCACCGUCAGAAAUAAUCCAAAAAGACUGACAACUAAACCUUUAUUGAUUUCAAUGGAGACGGUUUUUACCUUCAGAGAUUCCGAUUUUGAGUGGAAGCGAUAAACAUGUAUUCAAGCAUUAAACGCUGAUAAAUAAAUUCAUAUGCCAAAAAUCCAUGUAUCAUAUAUUUCGUAUCUUCUAUAAAUCGUGGUAGAUUCUUUAAGGAGUAAAUGACCGUGAUUUACCUUUAACGGUAUGUAACCGGUGAGAAUAUUAUCAGAUUGAAUGUAGCACAUACAACUUGGCAAACACGUAUGUAUAUUUUAAUUGAAUUCUAGUCAGUCAGUGAGUAUAAUAUAUACCUAUAGCAUGCACUCUUUAGCUCAAAUUUGAUGUCUCUGUGUGAAAACUCCUGGACAGCAUCGCCAGUUCGACAAUAUCUGUGAUAUAGUUUAUUAAGAAACACAAUUUUGAUGUGAAAGAAAUCCUGACGAAACAAGCCCGGCAAGAUGGCGAGUGAAUUUUUCGCAAGGAAGUUAAAUUUAGAGUUGGCCUUGAACCCAUUGUUUCAUGGCCCGCACGAGGAAUUAAUGGGGGAAGAUCCUCCGGUUAAGGAGGUGAAGGUCACAACAAGAAAAGACUUUUCAAAUUCGAGAAAUCGUGGCGGCCACAACACAAGAAGUCAGUCAAAUUUCAUUACCGGAAGUAAUAUAAACAGUUUUGAGUUCAAAAACAGAAACCCAAAAGGCGUAUACGACUUUCUGAAAGUUAAAAUGGAACGUGAACACGCUAGGACUAAAUCUUCUAAAAGCAGAAAAUCUUCUAGUAAAAUCAAAAAGGCGGAUUUGACAGAAACCGGAAGUGGUGUUAAAACGGAAGUAAGUGUAGUUGUGGAAGUGGAAUCGAAUACAAAAGACACAGAAACAAACGGUUCUACAUCAGAAAGUAAUAACGAGACACAGUCUGUAACGUGUGGACUUCCGGGAACCGGAAGUGAAAACCCCGUUGUUGUUCCAGAAAUACUUCAUUAUUCUGAUGAGUUCACAGAGGGACCUUUGGAAAUGUAUGAACCAGUUUUUGUGAGGUUUCCUGUAUGGAAGCCAGCCAGACUUGACCACAGCUAACAGAAAAUAUGGAAACUUAGCAGCGUCCACAGAGAUAUACCGGAAGUGCCUAUCAAUAAACAAUACAACAGUUUUAGAUUCGACAAUAUUCUGCAAACUAUCGUUAA